CAAUUUUGCACUUUUGAUGCAUUUGCGUAAAAUAUAUAUCUGACCACGGAGUAUUUUCAUGUUUUCAAUGACUAAAAUCUGGCAAUUAUGUUUUACAAAUAUUUUAUUAUUAUUAUUCUCAUUUCAUAUCAGUCAAUUAGAAGGGGAAACAUUUACCUACGAAUAUACAGUAAAUAUAUCUGAAAAUUCUUAUAAACAAGUCGUAUUAGAUGUAUUGUCAGGAAAAGUAUACAUUACGCCAAUAAUAUUGAACGAAUUCAGCGAAAAAGUGGAUGCAAUAAACAAAAGUCUAUGGUAUGUAACAUUGAACAUUGAUACACAAACAUAUACGGAAGAAAUAACGCUAAACUCUCUAGUUUUAUUUAAUCCUAAUGGUUUAAUUGAUCGAAUAUUUAUUUCUCGAUCAACCUUAAAGAAAGGUAUUAUUGAAAUUAAUCUAUUCAAAGGAUUAUUAAGUUUAUUUAAUGUAAAUAAUAAAUUUGAACCAGGUAUUGAGAUAGAUAGUUCAGGAAAAUGUCAAGUAACUUAUGCUACUACAACUGCAACUCCUUCAGACAAACCGCGCACCACUCCUGCAUCGGCUGAUAUCAUUAUUAUUGAUAAAGAAAAGACGUUAUGUGAACGAUUACAAAAACCAAUUGAUGUAUGGAAUGAAAAUUCAUUAACUCUAUUUAAUUUCAAAGAAUCGAGACAAAUAUUAACACGUUAUAAAUAUGAUAAAUUGACGCAUCAAAUUCUUGAAGUCUACGCUUAUGAAAACCAGAUUCAUGGAUUUAGUGAUGAUUUGUCUGAAGCGAAUUAUAAAGAAUAUCAACAAUUGAUCAAUUCUACUGGGGUGAAUUUUAUUUCAUGGCAAGAAUUAAAGUUUAUAGAGGAAACAAUUCAUCAAGAUGAUAGAAUUCAGAAAAUUGUUGAAAAACAUUACGACUUCACUUUGGAUGAGGUAACAGAGAUCUUAUUUGGUUCAGAUUAUCAAACCAUUCAUUUAGGCUUGGUAUAUCCAAUUUCAAAAUCUCAAACAUGUGGUUUAAAUUUAAACCUAUUCACUGCAUUCCACACCGACAGUGAUGAAGGUGAUAGUGGUAAUCAGAAAGGGGAUGCAAAUCUUUUCAUUUUACGUCAACAUAUUGAAUCCUAUCGAGAUCAUCUACAAACAGACGCCAUAGGAUCAAUUCAAUCAACUGAAGCUCUAUUAAAUUUAACCAAUUUAUUACGUUGUCUUUCAACAAGUAAUGCGUCCAUCUCUGCAUUGACCAGUGCUACAAUGUUAGCUCCUCCAGCUAUUGAACCACAAUUAAUUUAUCGUCAAAUAAAUACAUGGAGAGAUCGAUUAAUUGAUAUAUUGAUUAGUUGUGGUACAGAUACAUGUUUAACAAUUGUCCUCAAUCGAUUAACAGCUUUAAGUCAAUUCAUUUAUUCGAAUAAAGGCGACGAAGAUGGAGAAGGUAUCGAAAAUUAUGACGAUCAAUCUUUAGAAAUCAUUAAAAGUAAAGAAAUGCUGUACACUAAACUUUGGCCAUCUUUAUCCCACUUACGCAAGUUGACCAGUGUUCAUCAAAUGGAUCAUCUGUAUACUCUGUGUGAAAAAUCAAUACUUAUCGAUGAUAACUACGUGUGUCUAAUGACGCUGAUUAAUCUACUGGAGCAUAACACUAUCGCCUAUGAUGUAAGACCAAUUAUUCAACAUAUUCAAAAAUUACUUGAUAUCACAGAGUUCAGUGUAAAAAAUGAUGCAUCAAUGAAACGUAAUAAACUGUUGAUAGGUUUAGCUAUGAGUAAAAAGUUACGUCAUCCAGCCUUGACAAGAUCACUGUUUAAAAUAAUUCUUGAUAAUUCAGAAAAGCAUAUCCCAGUGGUUCUACAAACUUUAGCUAUCCGAGUGAUUGGUGAGAUACAUUUUUCAAAUGAGGCUAAAAAUCGAUUGAAAAGUUAUUCAUCCAUACCGGACAAUGAUCAUGAUCACCCUCACCUGGAUCAACACCAACAGCUAACAGAAAUACGAACUCGACUUAUUGAUGUCCUGUAUAAACUGCCAAAAGAGUCACAAAAUGAUUUAUUAAUUGGUCAAGAGAUAUUCAAGGUAUUAUUACUGUCAGAAUUACCAGUUGCCAGUCUUGCCCAAAUUCUAUCUGAUAUGGCUCAACAGUCAAGAUGGUCGCUUAUCGGAAUAUGUCGUCAACUGAUUCAACAAUGGUGUAAAAUGGGCAUGUUAAGCAUAGAUGAAUGUCAAUGUCUUGGCUGGCGACGGUCAACAUCAACCACCUGUCAGCUAGGACUAAGUGGCAGCUGGUCUGGUUUAACUGGGAAAGGUGGCGAAGACACUGGUCAAGCCACACUGUUACACAAUGAAAUAAGCAAUUUGAAUAAUACCCUGCUUAUUGAUUAUACAUCCUAUUUUGUCUUGGAUCCUAGCGGAGGUUUACAACUCUCUGAUCUAUCAGUUAGUUUAGUGAGUAAAGAUGGUGAAACAGUGAUUUUUGACUUUAGUAUUCAAGCUGAUAAAUUGACUACACUUGGUGGUACGUCGUCGAGUAAAGGUAAAGACACCACCACAACUUCAUCAUCAAAUUCUGAUGGGGAUGCAUGGUUGACUGUUGACUUCAGUUACCUAGGUAUAUCUCUGUUACCUCAAGAAGUAUUCUCCGGUGGAGCAUUAGAUAUUGUUAAAUUCCUCUGGUCUGCAUCAUCGAGUCGGCUGACACCACUUUUACAAGUUUUAAAGUUACCAAUUGAUCAACGAAUACAAGUCAGUAUCACUUCUGGUUGGAUAGUACAAAUAGAUAAUCUGGUCGGAAUGGCGUUAAGUAUAUCAAACUCACUAGAGACAAGUGUAUGGCGAUUGUCUGGGAAAAGUUUAGCUAGAACACAAAUAGGAUUAAUGAAUGAAAUGAAAAUUAAUUUGUUACAAUCAUAUCCCUCACCCUCACAACAACAACAUCAAGAACAAUCGACAAACUUACAAUUACAUCAUUCACUUAUUACCAAAGGAUUUGCUUUACAAGGGAAUAUUGAUUUUACUACAGAAAUCGAUAUUAAACAUCUCCCUGAGAGUAUAUGUAUGACUAUGGAUCAAGGUGCGAAUGCUUAUGUUUUACAAUGGUAUUUAACUAAUUAUUCGUCAGUGUCGUCCUCCUCCUCAGCUUCUUCCUACAAUACGUCUCCACCGAGUGUAACGCAAGUGAACACUACUCAUCAUCGUCGUGAUUAUCAUGAUAAGGAUGUUUAUUAUAUGUUAAAUUAUACCCUACAACCAGUGACAUACUUUUUAGGUAAGGAUAAUUCAAUGAAAUGUAGGAAAAUGAAAGUUUAAUCAAAAUCGAUAUCAUCAAAAAUGUAUAAUGUAUUAUGUGAAUGAUCUGCUCUGAAUUUGUAUAUUGAUUUUUUUUCUUUGUAUUCAGAUCGUAUAUGUUCAUCAUUAGAUUGAAUACUGAAAGAGUGAUUGAGUAAUAACGAAUUAGUUAAAAAUCAAUUUUUAUAUUUUGUACUUUUCUUUUCGUUAUUGAAUAUAAAUACAUUAGGAAUGUUUUAUUUUUGGGGUGGUUUUAUUUGUUCUUUAAUGGGUUCAGUUCAGUGGUGGGAUGGGGAGAGAGUGAAAUGAUCGUUUACGUUAAGUUGAAUAAUGAUAAUCGUCA